AUGUUUGUUAACCCAAAGAAUCCUUUGGCUUUGGAAAUCUUCAACAUUGUACUUCAGUUUGGUGUUGAUGCAGUUAUUGUGCAUUAUUGGGGUGGAAAGGCACUUGUAUACAUGAUUGCAAGUUCGCUUUUAGGUAUGGGGCUUCAACCAGUAGCUGGGCAUUUUAUCUCCGAGCAUUACAUGUUUGCCAAGGGUUUUGAAACCUUUUCAUAUUAUGGCCCUUUGAACAUGGUCACUUUCAAUGUUGGUUACCACAAUGAGCAUCACGAUUUUCCAAGCAUUCCUGGGUCCCGACUACCCUUGGUGAAAGAGAUUGCAUCAGAGUACUACAACAACUUACCACAACAUCACUCUUGGACAAAAGUACUUUUUGAUUUCAUCACUGAUCCAGCAAUUGGACCAUAUGCCAGGAUGAAGAGGAAGGCAAUGAAGCCAAAGAGUACAGAGGAGUAA